AUGUUUAUAUUAAAUUCUGAUUUCAAAAACAUUCAAAACAUCAGAAUAUUUAACAAAUUUCAACUUUAUUUUAACGAACAUUUAUCAAAUAAUUAUGUUUCUGCCCCAGAAACAACUUCAACAAUAAAUAAUUGUUCUUCAACAUCGCCUACUUCAUUAAUAUUUUCUUCUACAGCCUCCCAACAACCUUCAAAUAAUACAGUUAUAUCUUCAAAUAAUUGUUAUUCUGAUACAGAAAUACCCUCAACAAAUAAUAAUAUUUCAUUUUUAUUACCAGAAGAAAUGGGGAGUCCAAAGCAACAACAGUUGCAACAGCAACAACAACAACAACAGCGCUUACCUCCAACAACUUCAAUAAAAAAAGAAUCUAUAACAACAUCAAUAGCAACGACAACAAAUGCUUCUUCUUCUUCUGUUCCCCAAUUUUCCCCUACUUCAAAUAUUGAAAAUGAAAGAAAUUUAAAUUUGGCACAACAAAAAAUUGUUGAUCAAUUACUUGAAGCGGGAGGAAUAUUUAAUUCUUUAGAAAAUAAUUUGGGUGGAGGAAAUGAUGAAUUGGGGCAAUUAAUGGCACAAUUAAUUAGUGGAAGCAAUAAUAGAAAUGAAACAGAAUUGCAAGCAGCACAGUUAGCUCAACAUUUAGUGGCUGCUACAACUGGAGGAAGUGGUGGUGGUGGUGAUGUUUUGAUAUACUCUUAA